CUUUUCAUCAAUAAGCAUCCUCCAAGGGGCUUCGGAGCAUAGUGUGCCGUGUGAUCUGGGAGAUGUGGAGCCCGAGGGUGGCCUGACCCAGCCCGGGUUCCUGGACAAUGCUUUUGGGAUGGAGGAGAGGCCUUGGAACAGCCAGGAGGUGCCUCUAUCCCGAAAGUGGAGCCAGAGUGGGGGCAGGGCAGCCUCUGAGUGUGAGGAAAGGAAUUCUCUACCCCUCCCUCUCCCCCUGGGGCGGGGCUGAGCCUCCCACUAUAAACUGGGGGUGCUUCAGCCUGCCCAGCAAGAUUGCCCCACCGCUCACACCUCUGCAGACGCAGCCUCAGGUAAGGGUCCCAGAGGAACUGGGGAUGGAAGGGAACGUAUUAGGACUUGGGGGUUACAGAAGCUGGGAGUGCAGGGUUUGGGGGUCCCAGAAUAUAAGGACCUCGGAGGGCUGAGUCUGAGGGAAUCUCAGAAACUGGGAGUCCCUGGGCUUGGAUGACAGACAGUCUGUGUGUCAGAACUGGGGGGCAGUGUCUCAGAAUCUGACGAUUUAGGAAUUGAGGUCGCGGAAUCUCAUGUCUCAUGAUGGGAGGUAUUAGAAUUUGUAAUGUCAUAUUUGGGGGUUUCAUGAAUCAGUCCCCUGAGUUUAUGCAUCCAGAUUUUGGGGUCUCACAGUCCCGAGGUUUCAGAAUUUAGGGGAUGUCAAGACCUAGGGGGUCAAGAUUUUAGGGCACGCAUAAUCGGGAGUCUCGACAGUUGGAGUCUCAGAAUCUGGAGAGAUGAGGAGUUACUGUUUUUCAGAAUUCAAAAAUUGGGGUCUGUGGGUAUGGGGAUUUCGUGGGGUCUCUCAACCUGGGUGCCUUGGGGAUCUCAGAGAUUGGGGAGUCUUAGUAUUUAGGGGUCAGGAUGAGGUCUGGGGACAGAAGCUGCUCUUAUGUGUCCUGUCCCCUCCAUGGCAGUGGGUGAAGGUGAAAGGAGGCGACAGGUGGGCAGAUGAACAGCCAAAGGGGAGGGGACUUGGGGGGGGAGAGGGCAGCGGGUAUGAUGAAUUCUCCUAGAACCCCCCCUCCAUGAAUACUUCUCAAGAGAUGUCCUCGGUGUCACCCUCUACGACAUGCCCCCAAAAUAGACCCUGGGGGUGGGGCAGCUAUUGUCUUCGGACCACUGUCCCUUCCCAAAUACCUCCUCCUAAUGCCUACUCAGAUCAGGUUCCUACGGACUUGUCAUAAGACAAAAGGCGACAGCUGUGGUCAGGGGGCGGGGGCUGCAGCCUUGGGGCUCUGCCCGGACCGUAUCUCCCAAUGCGACACCAGGAUGUCGGACGCCGAAGAGCAGGAAUAUGAGGAGGAGCAGCCUGAAGAGGAGGCUGCUGAGGAGGAGGAGGAAGAAGAGGAGCGCCCCAAACCAAGCCGGCCCGUGGUACCUCCGCUGAUCCCCCCAAAGAUCCCAGAGGGGGAACGUGUGGACUUCGAUGACAUCCACCGGAAGCGCAUGGAAAAAGAUCUGCUGGAGCUGCAGACGCUCAUUGACGUGCAUUUUGAACAGCGGAAGAAAGAGGAAGAGGAGCUCGUGGCGCUAAAAGAGCGUAUUGAGCGGCGCCGGGCGGAGAGAGCUGAGCAACAGCGCUUCAGAACCGAGAAGGAGCGCGAGCGUCAGGCUAAGCUGGUGGAGGAGAAGAUGCGGAAGGAAGAGGAAGAGGCCAAGAAGCGAGCUGAGGAUGACGCCAAAAAGAAGAAGGUUCUGUCCAACAUGGGGGCCCAUUUUGGGGGUUACCUGGUCAAGGCAGAACAGAAGCGGGGUAAGCGCCAGACAGGGCGUGAGAUGAAACUGCGCAUCUUGUCGGAGCGUAAAAAGCCUCUGAACAUCGACCACAUGGGAGAAGAACAGCUCCGGGAGAAGGCCCAGGAACUGUCGGACUGGAUCCACCAGUUGGAGUCCGAGAAGUUUGACCUGAUGGAGAAGAUGAAGCAGCAGAAAUAUGAGAUCAAUGUUCUCUACAAUCGCAUCAGCCACGCCCAGAAGUUCCGGAAGGGGGCUGGGAAGGGCCGCGUUGGAGGCCGCUGGAAGUGAGGAUCUGGGCACUGCCCCCCACCCCCCUCCAGGCAUCCGGGAGCCCUUGGAGUGUGUGUCCCAUCUGUGGCUUGAAAUAAAUGCUCCCCC